GUUUUCUCACUCUUUUAUUUCUUGCAUUUUGUCUCGUCUUAUUGUUACUUCUGGAUAGAAGUGACAGGGGGAUCGGAGAAGUAGGACUGCCAGGUGGCACCACCCUCGGCUCAAUCAGCAAACCCAGCGCGGACUAUCCUUCAUUCAUUCCGAUCACCAACUGUGACCACCAAUAGCAGCCACUUGGUGCCCAUCCUUCCUUCUGCCAAACCGUCAUGCACCCCCUCGCUCUCCUCCCCUUCCUCCUCCUCCUCAUCCCCACCAAUGCCAGACGCGUCCAACACCCCAACCUGCCGCACACCGCCCUCAUGCGUACGCGCGCUGCCGAGGUCCGGCAGACUUUUGAACAAGCGUUCGAGGACUACCGCUUGUAUGCGUGGGGACAUGACGAGCUUGCACCGCUCACGAUGAGGGGGUAUGAUACGCGCAAUGGGUGGGGAGCGACGAUUGUCGAUAGCAUGAGUACGAUGCUUGUCAUGGGGCUUGACGAGCUCUUCCUCUCUACCCUCCCUCACCUAGAAGCGACAAACUUCACCUCCCCCCCAAAACCGGGCACUGUCUCCGUGUUCGAAACGAUCAUCCGCUACGUCGGCGGCCUGGUCUCGGCCUACGAGCUCUCGGGGAAGAAACACCAGGUGCUGAUCGACCAAGCCGCGACCCUCGCGCACAAACUUGCGCAUGCUUGGACCGAAGGGAGGGAAGAAAAUGCCCCCCGGAACAUGCCCUACACCUGGAUGAACUUCGUCACCAACCAGCCUGAGACGGGCGUUGUAGGCCUCGCCACGGCCGGGACGAACAUCCUCGAGUUUGCCAAACUCUCAAAGUACUCCGGGAACGCCACGUUCUUCGAUUUGGCAAAACGGUCCAUGGACGCUGUCCUCCGCACGACUCAGUUCCGCCCGGGGCUGUUUGGGGAGGCGUAUAGCCCCUUGCUGGAGAUAGUCGUGAAUGAUAAAGUUAGCUUUGGGCCGAAUUCGGACUCGUUCUACGAGUAUUUGAUCAAGUAUGCGCAUAUGACGGGAAACGCUGAUCCUGUUUAUAUGGACACUUGGCUUACGGGGGUGAACAGUGCUAUGGAGAACAUGUUAUUCAAGAGCACGGUGGGUGACUGGCUCUGGCUCAGCGACUGGAGCAACCGCACGGGUUACAGUUAUCAGUUCUCCCACCUCGCGUGCUACCUCCCCGGCAACUGGCUCCUCGGCGCCCGUCUAGCACACAACAGCACGAUCUACCGCACCGCCCUCUCGCUAGCCGAGUCCUGCGCCCAUACCUACUCUUCCACGCCCCUCGGUAUUGGCCCCGAAUCAUGGCACUACGUUCCCGUUGGCGUGGAGUACGCCGCUCAACCGUACCAAGGCAGCCGUGCGGCGGAGAUUUACGGCGAGCGCGGGUACUGGACCUCGGAUGCAUCCUAUAUCCUCCGUCCGGAGGUAGUGGAGAGCAUGUUCUACGCAUGGAGGAUCACUGGAAACCCCAUUUGGCAGGAGAGGGUCUGGGCCGCUUUCGAGGCUGUCAGGAAACAUUGUAAAGCCCCAGCGGGAUUUGCGAGCUUGAUCACGGUGGAAACCGAUUCACCUGUGAGGAAGGACGAGUCCGAGUCAUUCUUCUACGCCGAACUGAUGAAGUACUUCUACCUGACAUUCUCCGACCCCUCCGUGAUCCACCUCGACAAAUACACGAUCACGACCGAAGCGCAUCCUCUUCUCCUAGAAACAGAGCAAUUCGACUUUGGCCCAGAGCCGGCGUGGGUCGUCACUGAGGUAGAGGGUGACCAGAGGGUGGAGGAGGGAAGGGUGGACGGGUGUGGUGGGAGUGGCGGCACGGGCAUGAGUCAGCUUAUGAUGCUUCUGGACUUUUACGUGCCUGCGCUAGAGAGGUGUAGUGCGACUUCCUGA